AUGGACGUCGACGAUGAUGACUUUUUCACGAACCUCGACCGACCGGGCCGUGCUGCUAACAAUAACACCUUUCAGGAGCGACUUCGACGAGCCUCACGAGACGACGACGGUGCAGAAAUACCAGAUGCACCUCCCUUCAUGUUCGAGGAAGAAGAAGAAACGCCACUACAGCAACUCAUAAGACAUUGGAUGAACGAGCGGCACUCGCCUGAUAUUCUCCCAAAUGAAGGAGAGUUAUUGGCAGGACUGCUUGACCACAUCAGGAGUCAGUCUGAGACUGUGCAGCUCCUUCGCACAGACCCCUCAUCCUCUGAGGAGGAGCACUUUCGCAUCGUGCUCGUUCAGACGGAGGUAGAACGAGUCAAAUUCAUAGUGAGGUCAUACCUCCGUACCCGUCUAUUCAAGAUCGAGAAGUUUGCUCGGUAUAUCAUGACCAACCCUCAAGUCCAGCAGCAACUCUCAGAAAGUGAAGUCGAGCACGCGCGUCGGUUUGCCCGUUUGACUGAUCAACAUUUCUACCAUUCGGUUCUGCAGAGUUUGCCAGAGACCCAGCAGACCCUUGAUGAUCAACCUCCUUUUGUACCUUCUAUGGUUACUGAACCAGAUAAGGGUCGUGCAGUCUUUGUACUUGCUCGACAGGACUGUCCACCAGUGCGGCUGCCAGAUGGGACCGCAUUAGAUAUGCGGAAAGGACAUAUAUCUUUGACCCCGUAUUCGGUGGUGGAGCAAUUGGUUGCUCGAGGGGAGGCAGAACUUGUGUAGGUCCUAGAUUAUGCUGUACAGUACAACUGGUCAGAUAUGAUGGACGAAGGGAUAUGGGAUAUGAUGAGAAUGAUAAAUAUCACAAAGCUGUUACAGCGCACACUUCACACCGAACACCUUUGUCACCGCGGUACGUAUGGCAUGUCAUCCUCGCCAUCAUCACUCCGUCGGUGCCGGGGACGAGACGAUGACUCUUCACGGGCAUCAUCAUCGUCUUCCAUUCGAGGAUCUCCUUCCUCAGACUUUACUUCUCCCAUCGUCUCUUCUGGCACACCCUCCAUGUCAACAUCCUCUUUCUUUUUCCGCCGCCUCUUUGGGCCAUCCCCAGAUGCCACCCCGUUUUUCUUCGCUUUGCUCCUCUUUCGCUUCGCGUUUUCUGCUGCCUCAGCUUGUAGGUCGAUGGUACCGCCCGCCGAAGGGUCGGGUACAGAUUCAACUAUUUCCUUUAAGAAAUCCAACAUCUCUGUUGUUUCGAUCGCAUG